UCAGCCCCGCCCACCGACGUGCUACGUCACGCACGACCCUCUCGCUCCGCCCUUACGUCCCACACGCCCCGCCAUCCGCCGGCGCCGGCGUCCUCUUGGCGUCAUUCUGUGACAUUGAAUGCUCCCGCGCCUACGCCUUCCCCGGGGCGCGCAGCCGGUCAGCGGAGUGGGCGGCCAUGGGGAGCCUCCGCGGCCUGCGCCUGGCGGCGGGAAAUUGUUUUAGGUUAUGUGAAAGAGAUGCUUCCUCAUCUGUAAGGCUCACCAGAAACUCUGAUUGGAAGAGAAUAAGUGGAUUUUGCACCAAACCCCAGGAAAGUCCAAAGCCUCCAUCCCAGACUUACAGCCACAGAGUGCCAUUACACAAACCUACGGAUUGGGAGAGGAAGAUCCUGAUAUGGGCAGGUCGCUUCAAGAAGGAAGAUGAAAUCCCAGAGACUAUCUCGUUUGAGAUGCUUGAUGCUGCGAAGAACAAGCUCCGGGUGAAGAUCAGCUAUGUAAUGAUUGCUCUGACAGUGGCAGGAUGCAUCUUAAUGGUUAUUGAAGGCAAGCAGGCUGUCAAAAGACACGAGUCUUUAACAAGCCUGAACUUAGAAAAGAAAGCUCGUCUGAGAGAGGAAGCAGCUAUGAAGGCCAAAACAGAGUAACAGAGGUACUCACGUUGGCUGGAUUUUGAAAAUCCAAGAAUAAAGUGUCAGCAACAAGCUUGUCUUAAACAAAUGUGGUAUGAGGAUCCAUUUCAUAAAAGUUAUGGUUUGUACAAACAUGCCAUUUCCCUAUUUCUGCUAUAGAGGUACAAAUAAAUUUUCUUAAAUGA